AUGGAUCGAGAUCGCAGGCGCGAUGAUCGUGAGCUACCUGUGCCGAUCGAGGACAGGUACUUGAACGGCAGAGGACAAUCCUAUCGUCCUGGAAAUGUGCGCGAACGAACGCCGCCGUCGCGCAUGGAUAGCUACCGCACUCGAUCGCCUGCUCGACGCGCAGACUUCCCUCCCAUGUCUGGAGGUGACUCGUAUCGCGCUGCAAGACCGAGAACUCGCUCACCAGCCUCGUUCCGCCGCCGUACACCUUCCCCGCCGAGAUAUCGCGAACGAGAAGCUCCCCCACGAGGUGGGGAUAGCUAUCGAGGCCGCCCAAGAUCUCCUCCAUCGCGCAGAGAGGAGUUGCCUCGGGAUGAUCUAUUCAGAAGAGAGCCGCCAGCUAGGGAAGAGCGAGACUUUCGGGACUACAGAGAUGAUCGUGAUCGAGGAGGAUACGCCGCACCUGCUGCGACUGGCCGGUCUCCGCUACCGCGCUUCCGGGACCGUAGUGCGGUCCCAUUGAAGAGGGUACGAGAUCCUUCGCCGAUUUCCAGUAGAGGUCGCCGGACCCCUCCGCCUGCUAAGAGGGAGAGAUUGGCCAGCCCGCCGCGGGGUCGAUAUGAUGACUACCCACCAUCGAGAGGUGUUAGUCCGCCGCGCCGACGUUUCUCGCCUGAACGUAGAAAUACUCCUCCACGGGUUGCUCCAGCGAGAGACUACCGUCAGCGUUCGAGGUCACCGAUGGCCAUGCCCAGAAGCGACAGGGUAGAUCCUCGGUCGAUGGAUGAUUGGAGAAGGCCACGCUCGCCCGUACGCGAACUCAGGUCCGACCACCUAAGUAGAGAUGACUCCGGUCAGAGAUCAGGCACCACCUCUCGACGCUCGUCUCCACCUAUGCACCCCAGCCGUAUCGCAUUACAUCAACCAGCUGCCAUCGAAGAAAGACGGCCUCUGAGUAGAGCAUCUGCUCGAGAUCCGUACGAUACAAGAGACACAUAUCGAGCACCUCCACAUGAUGCAGCACCGCGCACACUCCCACCUGCGGAGCCUGCGUACUAUGAGGAUUCACGUCGCGAUGCGAUUCCUCCACCAAGAGAGCCGCGAAGAAUGGAAGACCUGCCUCCACAGCGAGCUCCGCCGACCGGGCCUAGUAGCCAGCGCGGCCCUGCAGUCUCGAUGGCGCCUCCAACUGGACCUGCUGCGGCAGCUAAUAUCGCUCCCAGAGCUGUUGCGGCUCCGCCUUCUGGACCUCGCGGAUCUGCAGCGCCACGUGGAGAGUUUGCGCCUAGAGGGCGUGGCGGGUUUGGGGGAGACUUUGUUCCCCGUGGUAGAGGUGCUUUCGGCGUAUCAAUGCGCGGCGGCAGAGGAGGGGCGCCUCCAGGGUCCGGCUUUGGGCGGGGAGGUAGCGAUGCAGGCUUCGGCCGUGGAGGCGGAGAUGUUGGCUAUGGCCGGACCGGUGGGGACGGGGGAGGAUAUAGUCGUUCGGGAGGAGACGUAGCUGCAGGAUUCAACCGUGGAGGUGCAGAGUCUGGUUAUGGUCGAGGUGGCGCAGAGCCUGGCUUCGGGCGAGGAGGUGGAGGAGGCGUUGGCGAUACCGGCCCCUACAUCGCACGCAGUGAAACCUUCGAUCACCAGCAGCAGCAAGAUGCCCCAUCGCAGCAACCCCGAGUACCGCCCUCUGGCCCGAGGGGCUCUUUCGCUGCCACGGCACCGCCCGGGCCUUCGCGCCAGAACAGCAUCGUGGCUCCUCCAGCUUUCCCUCGCGCGCCUGUCGUAGAUGCACCCACAGGACCCAAGGCCGGCCGACGCCCCCCUCUGGAACCCGCAGCAAUGCUGAACAAGCCCCAAGUACAUCCUGCCAUUGCCGAUUUGCCCAAGAUUGUUGAAGGAGGUAUCAAGGCCGAGCCUCUGACCGAGCGCAGCAAGCUCGGGAAAUUGGAGGAAGAGGCCGAGAGAUUGAGGAGACAGAUUGAAGACCGGGAGACAAGAAAGAGGAAGAACAUGAGGGAGUGGGAUCGGAUGACGAGAGAAACCGAGGCAGCUGCUUUGAGGAGUGAGUUAGCAGAGCAGAGUCUGAAGUUGCACAAUGGUGAGGCGGAAAGCCAGGCAGCUUUCUAG